UAAUUUUGCAUACGUGUUUGCAGAAACUGCCAUGGGUACUUCUUUACAAAGCCUAGGUGCGUUUCAGCAGCAAUAUCGAGAAGCGGUACAUAAGAUGGGUGAACUUUUUAUUUAUAGAUUACUGAGACAGUGGUUGCACAACAAAUGGAUAUUCUUGUUAACGCAAAAAGGUAGAGAACAGAGGAGGAUUCUGAAAACAUUACAUGGAUUUACUGAACGAAUUAUUGCUGAAAGGAAACUUUAUCAUGAUUGCACUAAUGGUCAAUACUUGAAAAACUUAGAUAACAACACAUCAACAAAGAGUGCUGACACAGAACGGAUAGGAAUACGAAAGAAGCGGCUUGCAAUGUUGGAUCUUCUAAUAGCGGCAUCCUGCGAAGGUCUUCUAACGGAGUUAGACAUCAGAGAGGAAGUCGAUACGUUUAUGUUUGAGGGUCAUGAUACUACAGCGAUGGCUCUGUGUUAUAUUUUGAUGCUAUUAGCUGAGCACAAAUACGCACAGGUAUGUACAAGAGCAUCGCACGGGACUAGACUAUAGCACAAAAUUGUAUCCAGAUUGUAUCCAGAAAAGGCGCAUACGAACUGGCAUACAUUAUUUACCGUAAAGGAAGUGGUCUAUGAAAAAGAAUUGUUUUAAUAAAAGUAAUUAAUGUAUAAUAA